AUGAUCUCCAGUUUUCCAAUGAUCUCCAGUACCAACAACAGGCACCGAAAGGAUAGCUGCAGCAGCUAUGACAAUCUAUUGUCGCUUAUGAUCAGCCCUUUGCUGCCCAACUUGGAUGAACCAAGUUCAUCUCUUCCUUCGUCUUUCAUGGACCCCUUUGACGAUCUAAGCAUGGAACCUGUCCCUCUCAGCGGAUCGAAAGGCCAAGCGCUUCCAUCGCUGGUCCAAUCUGAUUCCAUCUUCUUCAUGAAUGACGAAUCAGCUUUUGAUUCGAUCUUUAUGAACGAAGUCGUCAGCAACGAACCCACUUGCACUCCUACUCCUAACCAUCUACAAGACCUCAUCAGCAUUCUGGACCCCCUCACUACCUCUAAUCAAGGGGCCAAAAGAAGCAACGAAGCCUUCUUCACUGGUGAUGACCAAGUGCGCGCCAAAAAGCGCCAACGACCGAGCUACACACAUGCUGUUACUCCCGCAGAAGAAACUAUGGUUCGGUUCCGACCGUACCAGGAGACACAAUGGCGAGCGCAGUUCCAAAAGCUCAUCCAGUACAAGCUUGAGCAUGGACAUUGCUCCGUUCCUCAUGCUUAUCCAGAGGAUCCUAUUCUAGCUCGAUGGGUCAAGAGACAAAGAUACCAAUACAAGAAGUUCAACGAUAACAAUCCUACGUCUACGAUGACGACUCGCCGCAUUCAAGAGCUCGAAUCCAUCGGCUUUGUGUGGGAUUCACACAAAUCGGCUUGGCUGGAGAAGCUCAAUGAGCUCAAGGUCUUCAAGCAACAACGAGGUCACUGCAACGUCCCCUCUAACUACCCACAGAAUGCCGCUCUGUCAACUUGGGUCAAGUGCCAACGUCGUCAGUACAAACUGUUCAUCACAGGGUCUUCAUCUUCGACCAUGACGCUGGAACGUCACCAAGAUCUCGAAUCCUUGGGUUUUGUCUUUGACAUCCAAAGCCCGUCGAGGAAAACAAACUGA